AUGGCCGCUCCACAACCCCAGUCGCGGACAAGGACAAAGUCAGAGAAGGCCGGGCAAACAAUAAAGGUCCAACGAGAUCCUCCUGCAAGUGCAUCAACUUCAGGCUUUCCUCGUCCGGCUCCGGCGACGACGUCGCGUUCGGGAGGCCCAUUAUCGCCUCGCUCGGUGGGCGCAUCGGCUACUCGCUUCAUCCGUCGUGUCGCAUCAGCACCCAAUGCCAAGGGCCUAUUCAACCUGAAGCAGGGAUCGGCCUCCACCACGAAGAAUGGUUUCCUCGCUCCAUCGAAUGCAAUGACUCCCGUUCCAGGAGGUGGCUUACCGACGACUGUGGCAUCAGAGGCCGGAAACAACUCCAUCGAGACCGUAUCGUCUACAUCUUCGCGUGGUGGACAAGCACCGCGCUACCUAAGCACCUCCGCAUUAUCAAAGGUAUCGGAGGGUGCUUCUUCCCUGCAAGGACCGGGGAAGGUCGCGUUUCGUCGAACGUAUUCCAGUAAUUCUAUCAAAGUCAAGUCCGUGGAAGUGGGUCCCUCUAGCUUCCAAAAAAUCAAGCUUCUCGGUCGUGGCGAUGUGGGCAAGGUGUUCCUCGUGCGUGAGAAGAAAACCUCGAAGCUGUUUGCAAUGAAGGUGUUAUCGAAGAAAGAAAUGAUCCAGCGGAAGAAAAUCAAACGCGCGUUGACGGAGCAGGACAUCCUUGCCACCGCGAACCAUCCGUUCAUCGUUACACUACAUCACUCGUUCCAGUCGGAAGAAUACCUCUAUUUCUGCAUGGAGUACUGCAUGGGCGGCGAAUUCUUCCGUGCGCUGCAGUCGCGACCAGGAAAGUGUCUCCCGGAGGACGCAGCGCGGUUCUACGCCGCUGAGGUCGUCGCAGCACUAGAGUACUUGCAUCUGAUGGGUUUCAUCUACCGAGACUUGAAGCCAGAGAACAUCUUGCUGCAUCAUUCGGGCCACAUCAUGCUUUCUGAUUUCGACCUUGCGAAACAGUCGGGCGUGUCUGGGGGAAGACCGGCCACGAUUCAUCAGUCAGAGCCAAACGGAAUACCUAUGAUUGACACCAAGUCCUGUACGGCCGACUUUCGGACAAACUCGUUCGUGGGCACAGAAGAAUAUAUCGCACCUGAGGUGAUCCAGAACUCUGGUCACACUUCGGCCGUUGAUUGGUGGACACUUGGAAUUCUCAUUUACGAGAUGAUCUACGCCACCACACCGUUCAAGGGACGUGAGCGCAAUGAUACCUUUAACAACAUCCUCAGUCUGCCUGUGCACUUCAAAGAUACGCCGAAGGUAUCACAGCCUGGAAAAGACAUCAUUGUGCGGCUGUUAGAUAAAGAGGAGAACACUCGGCUAGGCAGCAAGAGCGGUGCGAGCGAGGUUAAGCAGGCCAAGUGGUUCGCCAAAAUCAACUGGGGACUGCUGAGGAACACACAACCUCCGAUCGUGCCGUCCUCGUCCAAUGGCGUCGAUGCAGUCAACUUUCGCAGGAUGGAGGAGUCGAACUCGCUUCAUCUCGAGAGCCAGUCUUCGCAGAUCAAGGCUGUUGCGGGCGCUGGUGUACCGCAGACACCGGGUACGCCGGGCAUGGACGAUGGCAUGGAGGCUGCGGCGGACGCGGAUUUGUUCGGCGCGUUCUCGAGUAUCACGCUGCACCAUGACGGGGACAGUUAG